AUACACGGAUCGAGGAAGUGAUUUGGUUACACAAGGCGGAAGCUUCUCUUUUUCUGAAUCUGAGAGUGUUGUGGAGAGAAAGGGAGAAAACACAGUAAAGAGGAACAAUCUUGUUACUACGCACACUUCAUUAGGCGGGGUGGAAAUCAUAUCUGUCGCUGGAGUUUCAUAAGCAGUUACGCUCACCAUCAGUGCCUGUGGGUCCAGACUCAGCUCUUGCCAUUAGCCCGGUUCACCUGUAUUUUGAGGCCACCUAGUCUACAACAGACUCUAUAUCGGUCAAUGGCUGGACGCGGUGGAGGAGCGACGAGGCCUAAUGGUGCCGCAGCAGCAAACAAAAUCUGCCAGUUCAAACUGGUGUUGCUGGGGGAGUCAGCAGUCGGCAAGUCCAGCUUAGUGCUGCGCUUUGUCAAAGGCCAGUUUCAUGAGUUUCAGGAGAGCACAAUUGGAGCUGCAUUUCUCACUCAGACUGUUUGUUUGGAUGAGACCACUGUGAAGUUUGAGAUCUGGGACACAGCAGGUCAAGAGCGCUACCACAGCCUGGCUCCAAUGUAUUACAGAGGAGCACAAGCAGCCAUUGUGGUUUAUGACAUCACCAAUGCAGAUACCUUUGAAAGAGCAAAAAACUGGGUGAAGGAGCUGCAGAGACAAGCCAGUCCCAACAUCGUGAUCGCUCUGGCAGGAAACAAGGCAGACAUUGCAAACAAGAGAGCUGUAGAGCUUCAGGGAGCACAAGCAUAUGCUGAUGACAACAGUCUACUUUUCAUGGAGACAUCAGCCAAGACUGCAAUGAAUGUCAAUGAAAUUUUCAUGGCUAUUGCUAAGAAACUACCGAAGAACGAUGCUCAGGGUGGAGCUGGACAAGGGGGGCGGACUAGGACAGGCGUGGAUCUACAACAGGCUGCUCCUCAGAGCCGCAGCAGCCAGUGCUGUGGUGGCAAUUAGCAAGUACAAAACAACGAACUUAGUGAGCGAGCCAUGAACAUUGUUUUAAGGACAGCAUGUAGCUAACACCCAGAGAGGCAGGAAAGGCAGAGCCACUCGCCACCCCUGCACUUUAACUGAGGUUACAGAUGAGAUUAUCUGGAUCUGCUUUGAUUUAAGGAACAUUUUAACAAGAAUCAUAAGCUAGAGGGAAUUACCAAAAUCUCUCACUACUUCUGUCUUUCCGCCGUGUAUCUACCUCCCUGUUCGUCUUCAACUGUCUCCACCUGAUUGAAGUCUGUCUUAACGAAUCCCUAAGUGUUUUUAUGUUUCUUGUUUUGGUGUGCGUACAGUAAACUUUACUUCAUUUCCUUCUACAUUUAUCACCAUUCUGACAAUAAUCUUUUUGUCCUGUUGCAGUUUACAUGGCAUUCUGUUUUCUUUAUGAACCUGGGUAUGAUACAGUUAGAAGGAAUGCUCAGACCUAAUAAAGCAAGUCAUAAUUAAUAGGCUAAACAUCUGAAGGGUUUCUGAACUGUGCAACAAAAGCUGUUGUAUGGCUUCAUUGUAUAUUCAUACCUGUAACACAAGUGUUGUUAGCCUUUUUUAAAAGAAACACGAGAAUAACUUGUAAAUCUUUAAAGAAAUAAAUAACGAGAUUAAUUUUGUUUUAGUUAGCACAUGCAGGGUGGUUUCUUUCUCCUAAUUUUAAUCUGUGAGUGCUGUUAGGCUGCCUGGUUUUGUAGGUGCAGAUCACUCUGAGUUGAUAAAAGAAAAACAUCCAGUACACCCUUGGCCCUGCAAACAAAAUGUUUGACCUCUGACCUUUUUUCGGGUCAGAGAUUACAGUAUAUACUUUGACAGUAUACACACGCUACAGUCUUCCUUGCACUCAGUCAUGAUUCACGUCAUGGUUUUCGUUGCUUAGAGGGAAGGUGGUAUGUAAACCCUAAAUAUUUUAUUUUGCAACACGUAUUUGUUUUAUCAUUAUGUGCCUGUUUGUCUGUCUCUAGUGUCAGUGUAUUGGCCAGAGAAAUGCACCCACAACACUUGAGUCUGACUUCCAGCAAGAGGCCCUCAAAAACGAGUAGAGGUGUGUGUAUAUGUGGGAAAUAAUCAGAAAUGUUACACUUUUUAGGCCACUAGAUGGCAGCAUCACUUCAUCAUGCAGCAUCAUUUUAUUGCUCAAUUAAAGCAGUUUUUAAAGCAAA